AUGUUUAAGGUGGGACUAUCUAGAUUCUCAGUUGGAUCUAUACUAAGAAACCAAGCUAGACUAACAACAAGGUCUCCCUUGCGCAUACAAGCAGCUGUUCCUACUUUUGCAUCUAGUAUCCGUUACAACUCAUCAUCCGGCAAUACUACAGCACACGAGAUCAAGGAUAAAUUAGUUUCUUUUGCUGACGAGAAUAACAUCACCGAAUCAGUAACCAGCUUACACUCUGAUCAACUUGGUUAUUUAGAAUCCAUCGGAUUGGCUCAAGGAUGGGGUCCAACCAGUAUAAUUGAAAAACUCUUGGAAUAUACUCACGUUUAUACCGGAUUACCAUGGUGGGGAACAAUUACCGUGCUUACUAUUGUUAUAAGAGUUGUGUUGUUCCCACUUUAUGUCAAAGCUAGUUCCAAUGCCACUAGAAUGUCUGAAAUCAAACCCCAAUUGGAUAAAAUUAUGAAACAAAUCAAAGGUGGUGAUGUACAAGAACAAAUGAAGGGGAUGGAAAAAAGACGUAAAUUAAUGAAGGAUCAUAAUGUUUCAACAUUAGCCUCAUUGGCCCCAGUGCUUCAACUACCUUUGGCGUAUGGUUUUUUCCAAGCACUUCGAAAAAUGGCCAACCAUCCAGUUGAAGGUUUUACCGAUCAAGGUCUUGCGUGGUUUACUAAUUUGAGUGACGUUGAUCCAUACUUGGGAUUGCAAGCAAUUGCUGCAGCUGCAGUUAUAGCUGUUGUUAGAAUUGGUGGUGAGACUGGUCAACAUGCAAUUGCCCAAAGUAUGAAACAAGUAAUGACUAUCGUACCCAUAAUCUCCAUUUUCAUAACCAAGAAUUUCUCAGCCGCAGUUGUAUUAUACUUUGCCAUCAACUCAAUCUUGUCAUUGAUUCAAAGUGCUAUUUUCAAAAGUAACGCAUUGCGUCAAUUAUUGGGUAUGCCAAAGAAAUUAACUAUUCACCAAUUGAAUGAAAGUACGACGAGUCUGCCUAAAUCUUUGAAGGAAAUGGUGACUAAUUUUGUUGAUGAGUCAAAGGAGAGAAGUAUUAAAGCUGCAAGAGAUGCAAAUAAGAGAUUGGAAGUGUCUCAACACAGAAAGGGUGUUACAGAAGAUGGAUAUGUCAAGAAAAGAGACAGAAGUAACAAACGUGAGAGAAAGUAA